AUGGUAAUUGAGAUGGGCUGGUUCAAGAAAGUGAAGAGAAUUUUGCCUUCAGUGGUAGCUGAAGAAGGGAAAACUGCUAGAACUAUAUUUACUGAACAUCACGAAGAGUUAAGGAAUAAAGCUGAUAAAUGGACCAAGAAUAUUGCAAAUGCAUGCAUCAUGGCAUCAACACUUAUUGCCACCGUGGUUUUCGCUGCACUUUUCACUGUACCAGGUGGCACCAAUGAAGAAACAAAGACUCCACAUUUUGUUCGAAGAGCUUCCUUCAUAGUUUUUGUAAUAUCAGAUACUAUAGCUUUAUUACUAUCAAGUUUCUCCUUAAUAAUGUUCACAGCUGUUAUCUCUUCCCGAUGUGAACACGCAGAUCUCAGUCGCCCGGUGUUUGAAGAUUUGAAUUGGGGAUUAAACUUACUUCUAGUCUCCCUAGAAGCAAUGAUGUUAGCGUUUGUUGCAACUAUGUUCAUUGUCUUCAAAGAUAGGUUUCUAUGGAUGCCUAUUCUUCUUACAGUAAUGGCUAUUUUCGCAAUCUUCAUGUACGUGGGUAAAACUUACAGUGUCGUUGUACAAGUGUUUCAUGUCGUUGCAAAAGUGUAG